AUGAUCCAAAAUGGUAAACUUUAUAAAAUUCAUCAAGAACACUUUGGGUCUGAUCUAGAAAUAAUAGAGAAAUUUGAAGAAAUCUUCCAUGCAAAUAACAAAUUGAGUGAAUACAUUAAAGAAAGUAUCAACAGUGAUUUUUUGAUCCGUAUCCCUGAUAAUUGUAGAAAUUUGGAUAAAUGUUAUUUUGAAAUUGCUGAAAAAAUAGUAGAAAACUU